AUGAGGUGUAUAUACACUCCAGUUCUUGUUUGCUGUCCAGACACGCCAGCGGUGCGCUCGUUUGGAGCAGCAGCAGCAACGCAGCAGCAACAGCAGCAGCUGCAGCAGCAACAGCAGCAGCAACAACCGCAGGCAGCCAGAAAGAAACAGCAGCUACAGGGUACGCAGACACCAACAACAGCCGCGGAAGGCAGGCAGCAGCAGCAGCAGCGGCCGCAAGCAGCACCAGCAGCAGGAACAGCACGAGGCUCGUCCUCAAAGCCAUAUAGCCUUACAGCUCUCCUUAGCUGCUGCAGAAGCAGCUAA